GCGCACGGAGACACUGGCGAGCACGGACGCGCCGCUACCGCCUCCCCCCGCUGCGCCCGCCGCCGCCGCCGCCGCUCCUCCAACUACAUCCGGGCAACUCGGGCGCCGCCGUGCUCGGCCCGCCUCGGUUCUUUCCGGCUCUUUCCGCCGCGCUCCGCCCCCCGGCCCCGCGCUCCCCUUUGCUCUCGGCCCACUCUGCCUUCGGCAAACAUCGGCCGCGGCCGCCCCGGCUCGGGCUGCAUCGGCUCUUUCCGCCCCCGCCCCGGCCCUAGAGGAGGCUCCAGCUUUCGGGACACUUCGGCUGUUUCCGGAGCUGCCUUCGGGAAGCCUCGGCUAUUUCCGUGCACCCCCCCCACCCCGGAGUGCGCGGCGCUGUUGAGGUUAUUGCCGGGCGGGGGCCCGGACCUGACGACGCGUCCCGCUCCGCUGCUGGCCGAGCCAGUGAGUGUGGGCCGCUGUCCCGGGGGCAUGGCGGGGCUGAGGUAGGAGCCAUUUUGUGUCGCUGCCUCCCGCGGCAGGGAGCUGGAGGCGGUGGUGGCGGGCGGCUAAAAUGUCCCUGGGGAGCCCAGCUGCGGCCUCUCCUUUCUCUUGUCUCCCCUCUCUCCUCCGGAGCGGGCCGGGAGCAUGGCGCAGCAGGCAGCUGCCCUGCAGGGCUGCAACAACGAGGUGGUGCGGUGCUUGGAGGACCUGCGCCUGCGGCGGGACGAGCUGGCCCGCCAGAUCCGGCGGGACGAGGAGGAGCGGGAGCGGCUGCGGCGGGACGUGCGGGCGCUGGGCGAGCGGCUGGAGCGCGUGUCUGACAGCCUCGCCCGCAAGGCCGAGGCCCGCGACGACCUGGAUAAAAUCCUUGCUGAAACCGACGCUGCUUAUGUGAAGAUCUUGAACAGCUUUCGAGCGCUGCUGAGUGUCCUGAAGCAGGAGGCAGGGGGCUUGAGCAAAACAGCAGUGCUGGAAAGCAAUGUCACCUGAAACGGGCCAAUGUGCGGCCUCCAACUGAGCUCAAUUCCCUCUUGGGUGAGGAAUGAGGUUAGCCACAGACCCUCGGGGUAGCAGAGGUGGGGAUUUGGCUGGGGUCUUUUGUCUGUUUUACCUUUUAGUUUAAUGUCCUAAAGCAGUGUGUAAUACACAUAAAAUAAAGUAACUAUUUUGCUACCAAAUAUUCAUAACUGUUUAAUAACCAACGCACAUGAAGAUGUAUACAAAGGUUUUGCAAAUCAGUCUGUGGGAAAAGAAGGUCAAAUUUUGGUAUAAAUGUCUUCCAUGUUUGUUUUCAGAGAACAUAAUAAUAAUUU